AGCAGCAGCAGUAGUAGUGGUGGUGAUGGUGGUGGGAACGUUCGUUGUGUGUAAACCCGAUGACCGUAGCUCACCGUAGCGUACAGAUGGUCUGCUACGUAUAUACGCUACGCUCACGGUGGGGGGAGAGUGGGGGUCUACUAGACUGGCGUAUUCUAUGGGCGGGGCUUUAGCCAGCUGGCAGAUGUUUCCCGCGCGGCCGCGUUACUCCUCUAGCGUAAACCUACGCGACGCGAAGUAGUCCCCGAUCGCGCGACCGAAUAUUUCCCGCGGUGGAUGAGCGGCUGCACGGGCGAAUUCGCGUACCGGUUUCCGCUGAGAGGACGAACGAUCCAUGACGACACCGACCGCGAAAACAGUCGGAACAACGAGUCGAUGACGAAGAUGAGCUGACGAGGGAUUGGUCCGACUAAGAGCCACCGUUCAGGGCAGUGCGAGGCGCGCGUCACCCCUGGUCGCGUCGAGUCGUGAGUCGUCGUGACUGUACCGCGCUCCGGGACGCGACUUUCAAGUGUCUCCCGCGAGCUGAAUUCAACGCGAAAGUAUCGUCGCACGCGCUCGUCAACCGCCGAAGGACAUGGUGCACGCCCGGCACGCACAUACCAUAUAACGUGCGUGCCUCGCACGCGGUCGCCCACGGACUUGCUUCGACGACGAGUAGACGUGUGUGAAGGAUCUACUUGCCGCGCGCGUCGCGCGAUGUUUCUACCGGCGUACGUGAACGGAGCGACACUGCGAGCAACAUCGUCCCGCAUCCGUGCGUCUUAACCAGGUCGGUCUGGCAUUCCGGGCAACGAACAGUCGCCGUAAAGCCAGUGAGUAAGCGCCGAGACUCGACGCGUGUUCGUUUUCGAUAUCACGCGGUGGAACUUUGAAUAUCCUCCUGUGCGUGUAACUUUCGCCGCGAGUGUCCGACAUCACAGAGAUUUUCCCGUAUGUGACUUUCGACGAGGAGGCUCGCACAUCGCACGAAUCGUUUACGAUUACGACGAGUCAAUCGUCGACCGACGGUCGAUCGGUCCCGUAUGUUACGUGAGUGAAGUAAAAGUGCAGUGAGACUGUGAAGAGAGAGAGAGAGAGAGAGAGAGAGGGAGAGGGAGAUAAGGGCCCUCAGCUGAGCGCCCUAGCUCGGAAUAGCGUAGCGACGCUCCUGACGCCGGCGGCGGAGUGAUCCACAGCGCGUCGUGGGGGCCCUCAGCUGUUUCCCGCCAAAGAUCGCCAUUACAAAACGCGUUCGGGCGUUGUGUGUGCGCGCCGCGCGGAGCGUGUGACUGUCUCGUGGACGAGUCUCGAGUGCGUGCCACCGGCGUCGGUUGAGGCAAGAAAAAAAGCGGGCUUCGUCGCGAGACACGGCGUUAGCCGGGGAAAGUGGCGAGCCGCGACGCGAGUGUACCGACGUAUACGUAUAUUAUAACCGAAACGAAGACGUGUGUUUGAUAAAACGCGCGUUGUUUGUCCCCCCCCUUCCCCUCCCUCCGCCCCGGUGGAGUGCGCGGUCGGGCGAGCGAACGAACGAACCAACCGACGGACGAACGAACGAACGAACGAACCAACGGCCGGGCGAGAAAGAGUGAGAGCGACAAGGAGAGAGGACUACACGGAGAAGAGCAACGCGAAGCCCCGUCGUCUUCUCGCAGCCCCACGACGACGGCUGUGUCGGGGACGUGAAAUUCGCUCGACGGGACUCUCGGACGUGCCGCGGACCAACGAGAUAUGUCAGUGUUUGGUGGUGACGAUCGGAUUUUGCUCGAGGAAAUUGUCGAGGUGACUGAGCAGCAGGAGGCUGAACUGUGCGGGAGCGUUGAGACGGUUGAAGACGGCUCGGUGACCACCAGUGUGACGGUCGCCGCGGUCAUAGACACACCGGAGCAACCGCAGCAGCAACAGCAACAACAGCAAUCCAAGAGUAGCGUCGGUGCCAGUCGGCGGGUUGCUAGUCAGAACGUUGCGCUGAGCAACGGAAACGGUAUCAACAACAACAUCGGCCGUCUCACGCCGCGCAGCCACAUGGAGCAGGAGAAGCGAAUGCGGCGAGAAAUCGCCAACAGCAACGAGCGACGUCGUAUGCAGAGCAUCAACGCCGGAUUCCAGUCUCUGAGGUCGCUGCUGCCGCAUCAUGAGGGCGAGAAGCUGUCUAAGGCCGCGAUACUUCAACAGACGGCCGAGUACAUUUACCAGUUGGAGCAGGAGAAGACGCAACUGCUGUCGCAGAAUUGUCAGCUGAAGCGGCUGGUGAAUCAGCACGAGGGCGGCGAUCUGCCGAAGAAACGCAAGUCCGACACUCAAGGUGUCGUCGUGAAUCUACCGAUGCACGUCAGCGAGAGCGGCGACGAGGGCUUGGGCAGCAUGUCUCCCGAGCCGUUGUCGGUAAUCACAGUGACCACCGAGGGACAUUCCGUCGUGAACAGCGAGGUGUCGGAGCUCAGACGGCAGUUGGACAGAGAGCGUCACGCGCGGCUGCAUUUAGAGAAACAAAUGAGAGAGAUCCAGAGCCAGUUGUAUCCAGAGAGAUUCCAGAGGGACAAUCAGCUGAUAACUUAUCAGACCCACGAGCAGGUGAUCGACCACACGGACAACGUGAUGGCGCAGGAGACGGAGGAAGCGGUGGCGUCGCUCCAGGUGGUGUCGGUCAUGUCUCUGCCGCCGGUGGGCUCCACUCAGACCGUGGAGACCUCCAGCCCGGACCCGAGCUCGCCGCCUUUGUCGCCGCAGCCAACCGAUAUGGUCGCCGACGAGGAGAUCAAGGAGGAGGAGUCACGCCCAGGCAGCCCGAAGAUCGUCACCUUCGCUCAGAACCCGGUGUUCACGACGAUAGAGGAGCAGACCACCGCCGACUCCUUCUCGUCGUCAAGUCGCGUCACGUACGCGUCCUCCAGCGCAGACUUCAAGAAUACCUCGCCCCAGUACAUCACCGCGAGCCCCAGCAGGUCUUUCUCACCGACUGGUGCUGAGCCCCAGCGGUUACCCAGCGUCUUGGAGGCCGCGAUGAAGGCUGAGCCCAAAGUCGAGGUGGAGAGGUUGCCGUCUCCAUCGAACUCCCUGGAGGACGGCACGCCGCAGGCAAGGCUAUACAUCGCGAACACGUCCCGGCAAAAUCUGGAGACAAUCGUCGAAGCGAUACGUCACCUGGAGGGUGAUCAUCUGUUCAGCGACGAGCCCGCGCAAGACGUACCGUUGGCGCUGACCAACAAGCAGACGACGUCAAAGUCGUCGAACAAGACCGCGACCGCGACAUCGUCCUCCGUCACCGCCGCCGCCGUCGCCUUGGCCUCCUCCCCCUCGUCGUCGCCGUCAACGACGUCCGCGGCGACAUCCGCGAAGCAACGGCUGCACGCCGAGGUGAAUAGCUUCCUCCAGUUUCACACGCAGCAGCAGACCCAGCAGCGACCAGGCGUGAUCGUGGUGAAGCACUCGUGAUCUAACAACGCGCCGCGGCCCGCUCACUGAGCGGGAUGCAACACGGAACGACGCACUCGCCACCUCCGCUCGACAUCGUCAUCAUCGAGAUCAUCGGUAUCAAUAUUGUCAUCGUCAUCGUCAUCGUUGUCAUCGAUAUCAUCAUUAUCAUUAUCGCGGCGGUUCAUUCGGAAAUGAAGUAUCCCUUUCACGCACUCACUACUGAUGGAAGAAGCGAAGAGAGGGAGAGAGAGAGAGAGAGAGAGAGAGAGAGAGAGAAAGAGAGCUCGUGGAAAUGUGACAAAUAACAGCGGUCGUCACAAUUGCGAUUACGCAUUUUUCUACGCGUCAAGGACGUUGAAGGCGUACUCUCUCUCUUUCUCUCUCUUCAAUUUUCGAAGAGCCCUCAAAGGGAUCCCUUUCGUCCGGCACUGCAUACUAGACUCUCUGUAUACCGCGACAGGUACGAAAUGGGAUCCUUUUCCUUAUUCCUUUCUUUUUUUACGUGUAUUCUUACUCUUUGCACGCUUCGCCUCGUCUUCGCCUCGAAGAAGAGACCGCGUCCCUCGCGAAGCGGAAACAGAGCGGCUCGGUUCAAUCGAUGCGCCCGCAUGCACGCGUUCGCUCGUCGACGACUGGGCUGUACCGAGGACAAUGCUACGUAUGCCAUCGACCGGGUUUUCUUGUCGGGACGAAGCGAUACUUAAAGAUUGCGGAUAUACAGGUUUAUUUUGGGCGGAGGCAGAGCCGAGUCGAAGCCGAGUCGACGAAAGGAUCCUCAUCGCCGAAUCGUUGAAACGUCGUUCUCUCCCACACACACACACACACACACACAGACACACACACACACACACAACAUACACACAUAGACAGCACUCGCUCUCAUGUAAAUACCGAACGAUUCCUCCUCCCGCAAUCGUUUCCGACGAUCGCCACGAGAUCACUUUGAAUCUCGAAGGGUUUUCUUUCUUAACCCUCCCUCCCUCCGAGGAGAGUCGCCCUUCUCGUGAGACAGAAGGAACAGAGGGAAAAAAACAGAAGGAGCAAGAGAGAGGAGAAAUAAUUGAGACAAAUCGCAAAGCGGGCGUUUCUCCUCGCAUUAGUAGGUAAGAUCUUUUUAGAUUUAAGCGAGUAACUACCACGAUAAUAUUUCUAGCGUUAUAAGGCUGCGUACGCUGUAUAUGAUAUACAUAUAGCAUAUACAUAUAUACAUAU